AUGUCCGGCCUCGAAGCUUUAGGCGUUGCUUGCAACAUAAUGCAAGUGAUUAGCUUUGCCCACGAGACGAUCAAUUUCUGUAAAGAAAUAUAUCAAGGUCGAUCCUUCAACGAAUACAACCAGCAGAGCGUCGUAUCACUCGUGGAACUCUCAGCUCAACUGCAAACGCACUUUCAGCAAGCGAAGUCACAAUCAGCCAAAGAGAAGCGGCUUUCUGACAUUGCCCAGAAGUGCAAUGUUGCAGCUCGUGCGCUCGAAGAUGAAGUCAAGUUCCUUACGUCUCACCAUGCAAAAGGUAAUCUUGCGGCGACUAUAAAAACUGCGGUGAAGGCAAAUUGGAGGAAGAAUCGGCUGGAGAGACUGGAGAAAUCACUCGAAAAUUACCAGAAUACAAUGGAGUCCCAUUUACUAGCUCGAGUAUGCACACAGGGCGAUGCUAUUGAGAUCCAACAGAGCCAAGGAUUCGAGAAGCUAGGCAAAGAUGUCCAAUAUUUUACGUCUCAGUAUGCCGCUGGCCAUACAAGAAUUGUCGACCUUAUCAAGACAGAGCUAGUCUUGGUCAGAGCCGAGGCGGUUAAAGCGACCCUGCAAUCCGAGGAGUCAAUAAAAAUGCAUGUCACAUCGACAACAAACAACCUUAUCCAGAGAAUGGACCAAUGCACGAUCGAAUCGAAUGUAAAAUCUUCGACUAAGGAACAGCAAGACCGGUUUCUCAACAGUCUCAGAUAUGAAGGCAUGAAUCAGAGGAAGAAUGACAUAACUAGCUCAUUAAAGGAUACCUUCCAAUGGAUUUUCGACUCGGACUGUGGUGAAACCCCUAUACAAUUAUGGGACAACUUUGGAGACUGGCUCAAGUCUGAUAGUAAUAUAUACUGGAUUGCUGGUAAACCUGGCUCUGGAAAAAGCACACUGAUGAAGUAUCUCUUGAAAAGCCCCUCUACAAAAGCGGCAUUAAAGAUAUGGAACACAGACCCUAUCAUAUUGUCUCAUUUUCUCUGGAAACCGGGCUUUAAAAUGCAGAAGAGUGUCAAGGGGUUUCUUUGCUCCAUCCUUCACCAGGCUCUUCUCUCCGACAGGAUAUCUCUAGCUCUAGGCUCGAUCCUAGAAACCUCCAAGCCCUUGCUACUAAAACAAGAGGCUGCUGAUUGGGACGUUGAAGAACUGAAAGAUCUCUCUUUCACAAUAUUGGGUAGCGAUAUGUUCCCAGUGUGCAUAUUCCUCGAUGGGUUAGACGAAAUAUGCGAAGAAGACGGGCCGUUUUCGCUAUUGAAAUUGAUCGAUGACCUAAGGACAAACCGCAAAGUCAAAAUAUGUGUUUCCAGUCGUCCCGAACCGGUGCUUCAGUAUAACCUAUGCAGACACCAACAACUGAGAUUGCAUGACUUGACACGUAAUGACAUGAAGAAGUUUGCAGCUGCGCAAGUGCGGCCGUAUGUGAACCGUGGUAUGAUAACCAAAUCCUUCGGAUCAGAAAUCACAAGUUCUCUUAUCGAGAAAGCAGAAGGCGUAUUUCUCUGGCUUCACUUGGCAUCACGAAGCUUGAUUGGAGGAAUAGAGAACGGCGAUACAGAAGACAUUCUCAUGCAGCGACUUGAGGAGAUGCCUAAUGAACUGAUGAAACUCUACUCAGACAUGUGGAAACGAGUGAAUGGAGACUCCAAAAUCUACCGGGAAGCUGCAGCUCGAUAUUUUAAUUUGCUUAUUUUGGACAGCAAAUUUAGGGAAAAAUAUGGUUAUUCGUCUGAUUUUCGAAUACGCUUUUUCCAAUUAAUGGGUGCGACACAGACCAAACUCCAAGAUAUCAUCCUCGAGAAACAAAGCUCCGUUAGCGUGGCGACUUUGGAACAGACUUGGGCUGUAUCUGUAAAAGAUAUACAAGUUCGGUGUGCGGGCCUCCUGGAGGUAAAUUAUAGAUGGGAUGAUUGUGAAUUCUGGGAAGUACGCGACCCGAAUCAUUACGAAUUUAUCCGAGUACAACAAGGGAACCCGUGGGUACAAUUCAUUCAUCGAACGGCCUAUGAUUUUAUAACAGACACCGAAGAGGGCCAUCGUAUUCGCGCGUAUGACUCUUCCUCAUCGGAAAAACUAUAUAUCCAGCUCGUCAAAGGUCAUCUCAUCAUGGCGAAAUUUCUUCGGGGUCAUAAUGAAGCCCUUGAAGAUGUGUUGAGGUAUCUAUCUGAAAUAAAAGACUUAAGUCUACAACCACGCAUCUAUGAAAUUCUGCGACACGUAUGGGCCUGGUAUCACGAACGUAAUUACCGAAUUGCUGGAGAGGAUUCUUCCGAUUCAUUCUGCACUGGGCCUCAUUUUUUAGCUCUUCUAACUGAAUCUAUAUAUCGAAACUUCAUUUUAUCUACCAUCAAGGGAUCAUCAAAUCCAUCAUCAUUAGCCACACACGUUUUGAGAAACAUUCACUUUUCGAUUACUCGCGGAGAUUCUGCGUUAAUCGAGAGGCUUGAUUGUUUCCUAGAAUCACUCCUUGCUCUAGGGGCAGAUGCAACGUCCCGAGGGCCUCGUAUAAAACUACGCGAGCGAGAAGAAUCGGGGAAGGAGCCAGUGCCAUUUGUCAGUCCAUUUGCGAGUUUCAUAAUCAAACUCUUCGACUACCAUAAUAUCUGGCCUGAGCCUACAGUCAGGCUCUUAGAGACGUUCAUGAACGUUAACCCUGACCUGCAAGAGCGCGUACCACUAAUUGUUGAGUUUUUUAAUAAUAGCUUCAGAAUUCAAGAACACAGCAAUUAUGUUGAUACCGAUGACUUCUUCUUCUUCUUCAGAUUGCCUGUAUCCCAGGACUAUGAGCUGCUGCACUUGGGCGCAUCUCAUAUUAUGAGCGAUGGAGUGUCAAUACUCUUGAAUAUUAGUGUUGGAUUUCUCCUCGAUGCUCUUCUUAUGAGAGGUCUCCCUUUAGAGACAGGUUUGAGGGACGGGCAAGCAUCAAGAUGCCAAUCAGCCCAAUUAGUACUUAUAUAUGUUAACGGACUUCAAUAUAUUGAAGGGGGUAACUCAAUAUCCCGUGCUCGCUUCCGACCGAUAGACGUAAAGGUCACAGAGCGCCUAUUGUCUUUGCUGCUGCAGUUCUUAUGUGGUACAGAUCUAUCAUCCGACAGACUUGAAGAAUGUACUAAAGUUAUUCGGGAUAUCUGCGACAGAUCGCCAAAUUAUGAAGUAGUACACGAAUCUGGUAGAAGCCUCCUGGCCGAGGAAGAUUGCGGCUAUCGCUACGAAGGACCUGAGGACAAUCAUUUUAUGGGGGAUGAAUGGACAGAACAUUGGCCUGAGGUAUGUAGCGAUAUAAGUAGUUGUGCGGAGGAGAGCGACGUUGGUUCAUUAUGA